UGGGUGGCGCUGCGUCCCCAGGAAACCAUUUCUAAGAGGAAACUGUGCUGCAGUUCAGUCCACACAUCCUCAACUAUGGCAGGUCACACAGAAGUUCCGGGAGUUUCGUCGCAAAAUAUUGGAAUAAUAAUAGCUGUAAUAUCGAGUUUCAUCAAUGGGUCGACAUUUGUGCUUCAGAAAAAGGGAAUUUUACGUUCCCGGCACAGAGGAGGCAGGUAUCUGACAGACGUGGUGUGGUGGAGUGGCACCCUGAGCAUGAUUAUUGGUCAAAUUGGGAACUUCGUGGCAUACAACUUAGCCCCUGCUGUGAUAGUUACACCUCUAGGAGCCCUUGGAGUUUUAUUUGGGGCUGUUCUGGCUGCUUGGAUCCUGGAAGAGCAUUUAAACAUCCUGGGGAAGCUCGGCUGCGUGUUGUGUUGCUGUGGCUCUGUUGUGCUCAUCAUUCAUGCCCCGAAGGCAGAAGCAACGUCAAGACUGGAGCUGGAGGAAAGGCUGUUGGACCCAGUGUUUGUAAUUUAUGCCCUGUUGGUGGUUCUGCUGCUCAUCGCUCUGAUCGUGUGGAUCGCUCCAGCUCACGGCAGAUCAAACGUCAUGGUCUACGUCGCCAUUUGUUCUCUCUUCGGAAACUUCACGGUUCCGAGCAGCAAAGGACUCGGCCUGGUGGCUCCGGACGCGUUUGGUGAUGGUCCGUCCAGCGGCAGAGCUCUGGUUCUCUUCCUGAUCCUGCUGGGGACGCUGGCCAUCAGCAUCCUCACGCAGUUCUUCUUCAUCAACAAAGCCUUGGAGUGUUUCAGCUCCAACAUAUUUGAAGCGAUAUACUACGUGACGUUCACAUCCACUGUGAUUGUUGCCUCCGCUCUCCUCUUCAGGGAGUGGACGGCUCUAACUGUGACCGACGGCCUCGCCAUGUUUUGCGGCUUUGCGACGGUGUGUGUCGGGGUGGUUUUACUCCGCAUCUCUCAAGAGGCUUCGAUUGUUUGGAAGAAGAAAGAGGAGGGACGGGAAAAGACGGACUGAUUGAUGCCUUCAUAUUAACGUGACUUUUGUGUCUCACAGCUAAGGCCAAAGUUUUUCGUACUUAUGCCAAAUUUUGAUUUAUGAUAGUUAUUGUUUUGACCAGCCGGUUGGAAAUUACAUAGUCAAGACAAGACAAUAAGACAUUGUCUGUUAGUGACAGGUUUUAACCCUUCUGUUGUCCCCAUUUACAGGCACCAAAAAAUAUUGUUUCCUUGUCUGAAAAAAAUCCAAACAUUCCGCAAAAAAAAUUCCCCAAAUUUCUGAAAAUUUGCAAAACCGUCAGGAAGAAAAUUCCAAUAAUUCCUUAAAAGUUUGCCUUAAAAGUUUAUUUUAGAAAAUCCCCCAAAUUUGGCAAGAAAAUUCUUGUAGAUAUUUUCAAAAAUGAGUAAAAACUUCCCAAAAAAAUCCUAAAAAUAUCUAAAGUAAUUACAUAUAUAUAUAUAUAUCAGUAAAACUUCUAAUGUUCUCUUAAGAACAUUCACAUAAAAAUCAACCAAAAUCCAGCGAAAUUUUGGUUGAUUUUUAUGUGAAUGUUCUUAAGAAACAUUUUUAACAUUUCUUUUUUACCACCAAAAAAUGUUCAAAGAUUUCCCCAAAAAUAUUGAAAACGUGGACAUCAGAAGUUUUAUUGUGAAAAUAUAUAUUUUUUUCCACAUUUUCAAACUUUAAAAUGGGUCAAUUUUGACAACAGGAGGGUUAACUAUUUCUAUGCAUAUUUUCACCUUUUCACUAAAAAUGCACCUUGAAAUUGUCAGAUUUUUGAGAAAAUGCAGCUUCUAUUUCAUUCCAUAUGGUAUCCGGAAGUCGUGGCUAAAACCAAAGAGCCAGUGAGCUAUUACUGUCUAUCAGUGACAGAGAGUUGCACAAUGUGACUGCUCACAAGAUGAUAAAAGGCUAUAAAGUUAUAUAAAAGUGUUUUCAAGUGUUAGUGGCCACAGUGCAAAGCAAUAAUGACAUAGUACAAGAGUUCCACACUGGGAAAAGUCUCAGUGGACGUGGUAGGAAGCCAGAAAUGACCCCCGUGCUGACAAGAAUGGUAGAGGCCACAAAUCAGUGCAGCGAUCCUCACCAAGACCACCCGAUAAAUCUGAACAAACCUGGGCCAGACAUUUAAAGGCAGAUACUUCUUUAACCCAGUGUCUGACCCUCUUUUGUCACUUAUUUAUAUAAUUUACUGUCAAAAGAAACCUACUGGUCAAAUAUAAAUUCACUAUAAUUCAAAAUUUGACUGGACAGUAUUAGGCUUAGCUGUAUUUCCAGUUCUCUUUAGCUUCCCUGCAGUAACAAAUAUCAAAUGUGAAUGCACAAUAUUGUUGUUUUUUUUAGUUUUUCUACAUGGUCAUUCCUGUUUCAUUUUCAUUCCUACUCAUGAAAGCAGCUCUCAUCCUCAUGGAACCCAUCAGUAGUAAUUUGUCAGCGUUAUAUUUAUACCCAUUUAGCCAAACAUUGUAAAUAAUUCUGCUAAUUACUUUGCUCUCGAGGCUUUAAUAGGCACCUUAAAUGUUCUGCCUUACUCCCAGUUGCCAGACUGUCUGAGUGUGGAGUCACCGACACUUUGACUUAUUCAGUGUGCCUUGAAUUAUUCAGAGUAAUUUCAGAAGCAGUCUCUUUAGCGCAGGAGUUGUGUAGAAGAUGAAUAUCAACAGUGACUGAGUGUUUGGUUGGAUUUAAACAAGUGAUGUCAAACAUAUUCCUUUGGUUCUGUUUUGUCAUUGUGUCCGAUGUGAAUGCAGGUUUUAAAUGUCUUUUUCUGUCUUUUUUUAAUUGAUCUGAUUCUGAAAUCAUUUGUCUUUAAGUAUUUUGUGUUAAUUUUAUUUUGGUUUACAAAAUCUGUUUUCUCCUGUGCUGUGUCAUGCUUUUUUUGCACAUAUUUUUGCUGUUGCCUGUUCUUACAACACGUACGCUCAAAUUAUGUGCGAUCCUCAACUCAGGUUGUUUUAAAAUGUCAAGUAUAAAUAAACUUGAUUUGACUUGA